AUGUUGUGGUUGUAUGGAUUGGGCUGGACUACUGUGACUUCUUUUUGCUUCCAAAAUCAUUGCCUGAAACUUUUUUUUUUUCUCCCCCUGCUAGGCUGGCAUGCUUCAGUGAAAAGUGGGAGUCUGUCUUAUGUUCUACCAUGCAAUCGUCUGCCUGUGCAGUUGAUGAGUCAAGUGAGGGUUUAUACGUCCAAUGGGCAGAAAAAAGGUCUUGGAUCAGAAGAUGCAAGCAGAUCAACCCCUGAAGAAACCCUGCAUAAAGUUGGAACAGGUCAAGAUACAAGCAGUGCAGGUCAAAAGCAAUCUUUCCUUAAAGAGCCAAUCCAAGUAAAAGUGAAAGCAGUCCUUAAAAAAAGAGAGUAUGGACCAAAAUACACACAGAAUAACUUCAUCACUGGAGUCAGAGCAAUAAAUGAGUUUUGUCUUAAAUCCAGUGAUUUAGACCAGCUAAGGAAAAUUAAACGCCGAAGCCCCCAUGAUGACACUGAGACUUUCACCGUGUACCUGAGAUCGGAUGUAGAGGCAAAGUCUCUUGAAGUUUGGGGUAGUCCAGAGGCUCUUGCUCGAGAAAGAAAACGACGUAAAGAGGCAGAGAUCAAGUACAGAGAAAAUCUAUUUAGAAACCAAAGGCUGUUGAGGGAAUACAAGGAGUUCUUUGGAAAUACUAAGCCACGCUCCAGUGCAGCAGCUAUGUUUUUCAAGGGACCAGGGAAGGUGGUAAUGGUAGCUAUUUGCAUAAAUGGGUUGAAUUUUUUCUUUAAGCUACUUGCUUGGGUUUACACGGGUUCUGCAAGUAUGUUUUCUGAAGCCAUACAUUCGUUAGCAGACACAUGCAACCAGGCAUUGCUAGCCUUGGGCAUCAGUCAGUCUGCAAGGACGCCUGACCCUAGUCAUCCGUAUGGUUUCACAAACAUGCGCUAUAUUGCCUCCCUGAUUAGUGGGGUGGGCAUUUUCAUGAUGGGUGCAGGACUUUCUUGGUAUCAUGGGAUCAUAGGUUUACUCCACCCUCAUCCUAUAGAAUCUCUUCUCUGGGCAUACUGCAUUUUAGCAGGGUCAUUGGUGUCUGAAGGAGCUACCCUUCUUGUUGCUAUAAAUGAAAUUCGCAGGAGUGCUCGAGCCAAGGGUCUGUCAUUUUAUCAAUAUGUGGUGCAGAGUCGCGACCCUAGUACAAAUGUGGUGUUACUAGAGGAUGCUGCAGCAGUCCUGAGUGUGGCCGUAGCUGCUACCUGUAUGGGUCUGACUUCUUUAACAGGAAACCCUUACUACGACAGUGUGGGAUCUCUCGGUGUUGGAACUUUGCUAGGAACUGUGUCAGCAUUUCUAAUCUACACUAACACUGAAGCCCUGCUGGGACGAUCCAUUCAGCCAGAACAACUGCAGCGCCUCACCGAGCUACUGGAAAGUGAUCCUGUGGUAAGAGCAAUUCAUGAUGUUAAAGCCACAGACAUGGGAAUGAGCAAAGUGAGAUUCAAGGCAGAAGUAGACUUUGAUGGACGGGUUGUUACUCGUUCUUACCUGGAAAAACAAGACAUUGAACAGCUGCUACAA